GAGUACAAGGCAGUGAAUCCUUUUUAUCCGUAUUUGGAAUUUGAGCCAUUUUGUUUAGACUCUUUAGACUCUAGAGAAUGUAAAUCCAAGUUCAGACUAGAGAAAGAAGACAUACCCUUUGUAGCCGAUGCUUUGCAAGUUCCAGCAAGAUUUAGGUGCCCUCAGGGCACAGUUUCUGGUGGUAUAGAAGGAUUUUGCAUUCUCCUAAAAAGUUUGCCUUAUUCUUGUCGGUAUUUUGACCUCGUUGAAAGGUUUUGUCGCCCCAGUUCCUAAACUGAGUUUGAUAUCAAACACCGUACUUGACUGGAUCUACAAAUUUCAUGGCUUUCGUUUGACUUUAUGUAUGGGGAUCCAGCCUAACCCCUUCAUCCCAAUUUAAUGAGACCCUACUGCAAGGGGGAUGUCCCUGUUCUCACCCCUGAGAUGGAAGCUUUCAACACGGCCAUGAGUUCAGUAAGAGUUUCUGUAGCCUGCGUAGCAAGUGUUUCUGUGCAGUUUACGAGCAAAGGAAGAGGAACAAGAGUCAAAGACCGCUGGAAAAAUGGCGCAAGUAAAAGAGCAGGGAGGGGCUGGUGAAGAAAGGAAGGAAACGCUUGCAGACAAACCCCUCGAUUUUGAAAACUGUUCACUUGGCCUGUCAUGCAUGAGUUCACACACCGACAUUUGAUGCUGGCAUCAUCUGUCAUAAUUGACCAAUAAAAUGUUUGUCCUUCCGAGGAGCGGAAAUGAACUUUAGAGGUGCGUGUGUGAAACCAUAAUAAUUUUGUUUUUUGUAUUUUGGAACGCGUGGACGGCGUUAACGGUGAAAUCUCAAUUAAUCCAAACAAUCAAUGCAGGUCAAAGCUCAGCUGGACAAAACGGCUUACUGUUACAACUAGAGUGCUCUUGUAAAAGCACCUAAGAACAAAGCUAACGCGGCAACUGAUGAAGUUCGUGUGGAAAACCAAGCAGCAAUUUUGACUCAGUCACAGUGCAGUUCUCCAUAGUCGAUGUAGCUUCAGUUUUUUAAUCUGUAAAUCACUAUCCAAGAGAAUUUAACAUCCCCCAAAAAAAACACCAACGAGCUGGGCCCAGCAUGACAAAACAUUACGGGAAACCAUUGCAUUUCCUAACAAAGAAAAUCGCUUUUAGUUAUUCAGAUCCAGGAGCUACUUUGCAGAAUAAAUGACCUGAAACCGGUACCCUUAUAUAGUCGCAAGAAGAGCUUUGUGUUUCAAAAGAAGUUAAAGAAAAUGCUCUUGCAUUGAAGCGUAAAUCUUGCCAACCAGAAUAAACAACAAUUACCGCAGGAAGAUGCGUGUCACGUACCAUACAUGACCUCUCAGUAUGAAACAAACCUUUGAUCGACACAUGUCAAUAUUGUUCGACUAGCCGAGCCAAUCAGGCGCUGCGUUCGCUGGUGAACACAGGUUUUCAAAAAUCGAGGGGUUGGUCUGCAAGCGUUUCCUUCCUUCCCCUCCUCCUCCCCCCUCUUUCAUUUUUUGGCUCUUGCUUCAUUUCUCGCGCGGUCAAAACCAAAAAUCCCGUUCCUCAGUCUUUUUGCUCUGAAACUAAACGGAAACGCUUGCUAUAAGUUGGUAAACAUGUUACUCUUUAGAAACUUUCUGCAAUAAAGCAAGUAUUAAAUUUUGAGUUUGGUGCAUUUGCAGCUGUUGCAGAUUGAACUGCUGUUGCUGCUGUAAGUGCUGCUGUUGGUGAAGCAUUUGAGCUUCAGACUGCUCUUGUCGUUUCUGUUGUAAGGCUAAUUCUUGCUGGCGAAGAGCUACUUCUUUUUUUUUUUACUUCUGCAUCAGCUUCACAUUUGGCUUCAAGGUACUGCAGAGCAUUACCACCAGAUCUUUUCCUCCUUUUAGGUUUCUCACUGGGACCCUCUUCUUCAUCAGAAUCAGUGAUACCUUUAGAUUUUCCCCAUGUUUUUAUUGCUGCAUCUCUAACUGCCAUAGCCUUUUUGCACUCAUUCUUGUGCUGUUCACUUUCUUUCGCUGAAAUUGACUACGAUGGCUGUCGUACCCGUUUUUCACAUACCCCUGAAAUUGGGAUUCUUGCCGAUGUCAGCAUUUUUGAGACCGGUUUGGGGCGGUUCAGACUGGUUAUUUUUUGCUAA